GCAUUCAGUUUGAAUUGGACAGGUUUGCUCACAAGUCUGGAGCAAGUAUUUCAUUACAGACUGUGCACCAAGAACAACAUAAGCCCCCAAAAGUGAAACUUUCCCUCAGCAACUAUGGAAAAUGCCCCGGUGGACUGAGAUGCACUUCACAGGCUCCUCCUUAUCUCCUUGCUUUGACUUUCCUGAAAGCUGUCAACCUCUGGUGGUAUUUGCGUGUUGGUGUAGCACUUGCAGGAGAAGAAAACCUCCCUUCAUCUAUCAGGAGCGAUCCAGGGUGUUAUGGGAACCAAGCACUCAAAGAACGAGGGACGAAGAAGCAUGCUUUUCCUGAGGAAAAGUUCAAAGUUGCCUGCAUGGGAAGAUGCUCUUCUCUCAGGGAAAGACCCCAAGUCACUGCUGAAACGGGGACUGCAUUAUAUUAGCUUAAGCCUUAUAAUGAAAGGGAUGACCAGUGCCCCUGACUUCUUGUGGGGACUGCCUGAGGUGCAGAAACUGAACCUCUCACGUAACCAACUGGUGGCAAUUUCUCCUUCUCUGGGAAAACUUGACCGGCUUGUAGUGCUGAACCUGGGUGGCAAUCGCCUCAAGUGCCUGCCGAAGGAGAUUGGACUGCUGAGGAACCUGAAGGUUUUGUUCGUUAACAUGAACUGCCUGACAGAAGUGCCAACAGAGCUCAGCUUGUGCAGGAAGCUGGAAGUUUUGAGCCUCUCGCACAACUGCAUCUCGCAACUGCCUUCAAGCUUCAGUGACCUGACAAGUUUAAAGAAACUGAACCUCAGUAACAAUCGUUUUGUGCAUAUCCCCCUCUGCAUUUUCACACUGAGGAACUUAGACUUCUUGCACCUGGGGUCCAACAGGCUUGAAAACAUUGCAGAGAGCGUCCAGUACCUAGUCAAUUUGCAAAUUUUUAUUGUAGAGAAUAAUAACAUACGCACUCUGCCACGCUCUCUCUGCUUCAUCACAGCUCUGGAGCUGCUAAAUGUAGAUUACAAUUCCAUACAGACUCUUCCUGAUGACCUCUAUCUACUGCACAGGCUGCCCCGGAUUGCAUGGAACCCAAUGGACAAAGGCCUCCACAUCUCCCACAACCCUCUGUCCCGACCCCUGCCUGAGAUCGUUGAGGGGGGAUUGGAUGUCCUCUUCAACUAUCUAAAAGAGAAGAAGGAACACAACUGAGUUUCUGCCGGACUUGGGAUUAAGCCUGUCAUCACGACUCACUUGUGCCAGAGAACUUCCCCAACAGUCACUUCCACUUCAUAACAUUUGGAUUUCCAAGACUGUGGAUGGCUUUAGUAAUGGCUGGCAGAAAGCAAGUAAAGUGUGAUAGUCCUGUUUAAGUGAGUGAAGAGUAAUAUUUUCUAAAACUAUCCACUCCUGUAGUCUUAAGACUUGGAGUGUUUGGGCUAUUCUGGAGGGGAAGAAAACAAGCAAAUAAUAAAUGAUGAUAAAAUGUUUGCUCUUCUUUUGAUAGAAACAAAUUAAGGCAGACAGCUAGAAGUUUAGAUAUGUAUAUUUGCCAGAUAUUAGAUUGGAAAAUAUUAAUAUAAUUUGGCCUUGCUAUAUGUGAUUGAAGUUGCACUUUAACUCCUGCUCAUUUCUUCAUGUGCAGGUAUGACUGCAUAAACAAACACUGCUACCUAUGUGAAUCUCAAGGAAAAUAUUUAAUUCGCUUUCAGCAGUGUAUAUAUCCUGAGCUAUAUUAGCUCAAAGACUGUAUAUCACUGGCCAGUUCAAUAUUUCUUACUGUUUACCCUGCAGCUGUGAGCUGGAUACUAUAAAUUGCAGGUGAAGAUGUCAGCAGUGGAGAGAUUCUCCAGCUCUUUGGAAGAAGACUCCAGACAUAGCACCCAGUCUCAUUCCUGAUCCAUGUGUCUUUUCCCAGUGAGCCUACUUGGGUAUCAGUAGAAGUGUAUCAGGAUCAGCCAAGGGGAGAAAUGGAAGUGGGUCCUUAUUCCCUUAAACAGAGGCUGCCAGAUUAAGCUGGUCAUUAUGAGAUGAACUGCAUCUGUUUCUCUUUUGAUCUUCCCUGUAUUUGGACUCAUGGAACGAAUUGACCCAGGAGGCAGUAUGUCUCCUAAGGGUGAAGUAUUUCUAUCAAGAAAACCAGCAGCAAACUAAUCAUCAGCUUAAGUAAGAGCUUCAAAACAAAUGCUUAUUUCUGUGAUUUUCAGUAUCAGCCAGUAGCAAAGAAGUCAGGUCUUAUGUGAUUUCUUAUAUUGAUCUUCUGUGUAUGUCCUUCAUCAAAGUUUUAUCUAGUAAUAAAGAGGCAGUAUGAAAGAACUGUUAUCAAUUUAUGCAACUUGAUUUUUUUUUCUCACCCCAGAGAAGACAGAAGCAACUCUGUUGAAAUCAGUUGAGAUAAAUUCUUCUAAUAGCAGCAUAAAAAAGAAAUGAGCCUGUAAUUCUUGAGCUAAUUAAGAAUAUCCAAAGCCACUUUUAAAGUGCUUCCUAUUGUAUGUCAAAUCUCAGGAAUCAAUGAUUACUUUUUAAAAUGUAAUUUGCUCAGAAUUAUGGAAGACUGUGGAAGGUUGAUCCAUCUUCUAGUGAGGCUAAUGAACAGCUGUGGACUGAGGGAAAAUCUCUUCCAUCAGCAAUGGUAGAAGUAGUUUGGUAAGAGCAGACAGUCAUAUAAUUCAUAGGAAUAUGCAAGUAAAUGCUACACCUUUGGUCAUGUUAACAUUAUCAGUGCAGUACUGAACAUAGCAAUGAAGAAUCUGUGCUCACAGACUCUUUCACUGUAGGGCUGCUCACUCUGAUAUUUUGUUGUGUUGGAUUGUUUUGCAUAUCAUUUCUUAUUGUAAUAGAGAAUUUCAGUGCUGUGCUCAGGAACUGCAGUUUCUAGCAAAAGAGAAACAUUUUUGAAGGGCACUUUUGCUGGAGCAUAAGGCAAACAAAGUAAAUAAACAAACACCAAAACACAGUUGUUUGUGUC